AUGUACGAGGAGACCACAGCUGGACCGACGGACGGAGGAGGAUCAUCGGAGGACGAGGAGCUGAAGGAGCCUCAGCCUGAGCCCACUCGGUUCGGCUGGGUGCAGGGCGUCAUGAUCCGCUGCAUGCUGAACAUCUGGGGGGUGAUUCUGUACCUGAGGCUGCCGUGGAUCACAGCGCAGGCCGGAAUCGGUCUGACCUGGGUCAUCGUCCUGCUGUCCUCCUGCAUCACUGGGAUCACCAGUUUGUCCACGUCAGCCAUCGCCACCAACGGCAAAGUCAAAUCAGGUGGGACCUACUUCCUGAUCAGUCGGAGUCUCGGUCCGGAGCUCGGCGGCUCCAUCGGUCUGAUCUUUGCCUUCGCCAACGCCGUCGCCGUGGCGAUGCACACCGUGGGCUUCGCUGAGACGGUUUCAGACCUCAUGAGUGAGCACGGAGCCGUCAUGGUGGACAGAAUCAACGACAUCCGAAUCAUCGGCAUCGUCACCGUCACCUGUCUGCUGGGCAUCUCCAUGGCAGGGAUGGCCUGGGAGUCAAAGGCCCAGAUUCUGUUCUUCCUCGUCAUCAUGGUGUCAUUUGCUAAUUACAUAGUUGGAACCAUCAUCCCUGCGUCAGCCGACAAGCAGGCCAAAGGCUUCUUCAGCUACAGAGCCGACAUCUUCGCUGCCAACUUCGUCCCCGGCUGGCGAGGACCCGAGGGCAGCUUCUUCGGGAUGUUUUCCAUCUUCUUCCCCUCGGCCACCGGCAUCCUGGCAGGAGCCAACAUCUCCGGAGACCUGAAGGUCAAAAACAUCCUGACGCUACAGAAACACAUCCAGGGUACCAGCGAUGGCUUCAAUGAGUCUAAGACGUUAAACGCCUGCGUGCUCAGAGACGCGUCGGGUUCGUUGAACGACUCGCUGGUUUCUGCCGACUGCGUCGGUUUGUCCUGUAACUACGGAUGGGACUUCAGCGACUGCAUCAGCAACAAAACCUGCAGCUACGGAAUCAGCAACUACUACCAGACGAUGAGUUUGGUUUCUGGUUUCGCUCCUUUAAUCACCGCCGGGAUCUUUGGAGCGACUCUGUCGUCGGCGUUGGCCUGUUUGGUGUCGGCGCCCAAAGUCUUCCAGUGUCUUUGUCAGGACAACCUCUACCCUCUCAUCGGCUUCUUCGGUAAAGGUUACGGUAAAAACCAGGAACCAAUCAGAGGCUACCUGCUGACCUACAUCAUCGCCAUCUGCUUCAUCCUCAUUGCUGAGCUGAACACCAUCGCUCCCAUCAUCUCCAACUUCUUCCUCUGCUCCUAUUCGCUGAUCAACUUCAGCUGCUUCCACGCCUCCAUCACCAACUCACCAGGGUGGCGUCCGAGCUUCAGGUUCUACAGUAAGUGGCUGUCUCUGCUCGGCGCCGUCUGCUGCGCGGUCAUCAUGUUCCUGUUGAACUGGUGGGCCGCCCUCAUCGCUUUCGGCAUCGUCGUUUUCCUUCUGGGAUACGCGCUGUACAAGAAGCCAGACGUGAACUGGGGCUCCUCGGUCCAGGCCAGCUCCUACAGCUUCGCCCUCAACCAGUGCGUCGGCCUCAACCACGUGGAGGACCACGUCAAGAACUACAGGCCUCAGUGUCUGGUUCUGACUGGACCUCCCAGCAGUCGGCCGGCUCUGGUCGACCUCGUCAGCUGCUUCACGAAGCGUCUCAGCCUCAUGAUGUGCGGAAACGUGGUCACUGCCUCCUCGUCUCCAUCGCUGCUGCAGGAAGCGAACGGCCACCGUCACGUCUCCUGGCUGAACCAAAGGAAGGUCAAGUCUUUCUACAGAGGAGUCGUCGCUGCUGACCUGCGAUCAGGAGUCAACGUGCUGCUGCAGGGGGCAGGUUUGGGCCGCAUGAAGCCAAACGUCCUGCUGAUCGGGUUCAAGAGCGACUGGCGCAGCGACUCGCCGGAGGCCGCACACAGCUACAUAGGAGUCCUGCACGACGCUUUCGACCUGCAGUUUGGCGUCUGUGUCCUCAGAAUGAGAGAAGGACUAGACGUUUCUGAUCAUCAAUCACAUGUGAAUCCGGGCUUCGACGGAGGACCAGAGACCAUAAACGCCGUCUCUGCUCCGUCCCGGGUUCAGACCAGAACCUUAUCUUCGGUCUGUGUCGAACCGAAGCCUCAGCCGAGUUCAGUGUUCCAGAAGAAACAGGGAAAGAAAACCAUCGAUGUGUACUGGCUGUCUGACGACGGAGGCCUGACCCUGCUGCUGCCCUACCUGCUGACCCGUAGGAGGCGCUGGUCCGGCUGCAAGGUCCGAGUGUUCGUCGGGGGAGAACCGGACAGAAAGGAGGAGCAGAGGCAGGAAGUUCUGGCGCUGAUCAAGAAGUUCCGUCUCGGCUUCCACCACGUUGAAGUUCUUCCCGACAUUUACCAGAAUCCUCAACCUGCAAACGUGAAUCAGUUCGAGGAGCUGAUCGGACCCUUCAGGCUGGAUUCCAACCCUAAACAGGAGCCUGACUCUGGGCAGCCGAGGCAGCAGGAGGAGCCCUGGAGGAUCCGCGAGCAGGACGUGGACAGAAACAAGGCGAAGUCUCUCCGUCAGAUCCGACUGAACGAGGUUCUGCAGGAUUACUCCAGAGACGCCGCUCUGAUCGUCAUCACCAUGCCGGUGGCGAGGACAGGCGUGUGUCCCAGCAUGCUCUACCUGGCCUGGCUCGACUUCCUGUCACGUGACCUGAGGCCUCCCGUCCUAUUGGUCAGAGGCAACCAGGAGAACGUUCUCACCUUCUACUGCCAAUGA